AAUUUGAGCAUCGGGAUACAGGAGUAUUGGCUUAUAGCAAAACUAUGCCUCGACCGUUGACAUUUUUGCAACCCUACAUUGGCAGCAAAGCACUGAAUCCUCUGCAAUUGGGGGACAAUAGCUCUCAAUAGCACCCAGACAGACAGCUACUAGCUAGCUAGACAUACAGGAACACUUUCAGUCUUCAGCCACACUUGACUUCUUUUCGGUAACGCAGCAAACGGACGAAUAGAAUCGGUCCACGCACCGACAACUGGUAAACAGUAGCACUACAAGCACUGUAUUUUUUACAGUGGUAAAACAGUGGUAAAGAGAGUGCCUGCUCUUCACAGUCCUUUUCCAUUGCCUUCUAUACCGUCUAUUGCUCUUGUCGUCCACAAGUACUACAUGUAAUACAAAAUCGCCAUGCCCCACGACUUUUCCACAGUGAUUGGACAGCAAGUGCUCUGCAGGUUCUGUGGCAAGCGCAACCCUGCAACACCAGGCAUAAUUGCGCAAGUUGAUGACAUCGACGAGUGUCCCCAGAAUAGGCAAAAGUCGUUGUCAAAUGUGUUGACGGAGAUCGAACGCUUGAUUCCGUUGAUCAAUGUGUUGCCAGAGGUAGUUCGAGAGGUGGGGCUAUCGCGUAAAAGUCGACUGAACUGUUGGAAGAGAGAAUCAUUACGAACAAGCGGCAGCAAGCGCAAUGGAAGAUUCGAAAAAAGUAAUUAAGUUCUACAAACGUGCGAGUACAUCAGGGAAAAGUGUCAAGUGCCAGAUCCCGGAUGCAUACAUUCCAAAUUGCAAGGCAGAAGACGAAACCACCGGUAUCAUUGCUGCUCACAUUUGGAAGGCGUCAGCACGAGGACAUUUACUAGAAGAGUUUGGUCUAAGAACUGAAGAUGUAAACAGCCCAAGGAAUGGACUGUUUCUUACGAAGGGAAUUGAAGAUGCAUUUGAUAAUCAGCAAGUCUGUUUCCUUUACAACGUGCUGGGGACCGAACUUGUUCUGUGGGUUGCGGAUACUUCGAUCACGGAGAAGACAAUUGAUGGUUCUUGCAAGACGUUUUCUGAUGUCCAUCAAAAGCCCCUGCUCUGCCCUCGUGGGUGCAUGCCAUACCGGCGUCUGCUUGCUUGGCACGCAAGGCUGACAUUGGAACUAUGGUCAGAAACCGCAGACACUCAACACUACACAUCUGAGUACGACAACUCGCCAGGGAGAGAGCAUGCUGUCAUGUUCGUGGACCCGAUUGCUCGGGCAAUCAGUGAAAUGGUGGAGCCUGGGGAUGAUGUAUCGAUAAAUGAAACUUGUAGAUGGACGCUGAGUUCUUCUGAUGCAGCAACCAUGCUUCUUACAUCAGCUCUUUCAACUGACAAGCAAGACCAGGCAGCAGCAGUUUGGCUCAAGUAAUAUCCAAGUAACAGCCAACGUGGAUGACAACUUUUACCAUAGUUAGAAAGAAGCUAUAGGCCACGCCUUUUCUA